UGUCUUUUUAGUUUUUUUUCUGACCACUGAUCAUUAAAAUAAUUAUGUAUAUUUAUUAACUUGUACACGUUUAUUUCCAAAUAGUAAUAUAUUGAAAUGUGAAUAUUUACUAUCGCCUUAUCACUUCAUAUUAUUUCGCUAUCAAGUAUAGUAUUUCAUAAUGUCGAGUGACGAGGAUAAACCACCUGCGCCUCCAGUGCGCCUUACCAGCAAUCGAGCAACGGACCGAGUGGAUUCUGUAUCUUCGGUUGAUAUGAGACCACUGCCCAAAGAACCAGAUGAUGGUAGUGAUAGAAAGAAGAAAACACUCAAAGCUAAAAUAAAAGGAUCAAAAAGUACUGCCCACAAUGAUAAUAAGCCAAAUAUUAGUUAUCCAACAAAUUUUGAACAUACAGUUCAUGUUGGUUUUGAUGCAGUAACAGGAGAAUUCACUGGCAUGCCAGAAGCGUGGGCGAGGUUGUUAAUGGCAUCAAAUAUCAGCAAACAAGAACAAAAGAGUAAUCCUCAAGCAGUACUCGAUGUACUUAAGUGGUAUGAUGCAUCGGCCACUCAACCACCAGUGUCCAAAUACAUGACAUCGGCACAGAUGCACACAACACAUUCAGGAUCGUCUGUGUCCCGCGUCUCAUCAAGCAGUCCCUCAUCAUCGACACCAACAGAUACUGAACAUCCGGAACCACCUCCGCCGCCACCUUCAAGGCCUGAUCGUACUAAGAGUAUUUACACGAAGCCCAUAGAAGAAGAAGAGGCUCCGCCCCCUCGGCCUACGCCUGCGCCUGCGACGCCCCCGCACGUUCCUCAUCCGGCACUAACCACGCAUUCUAUACCGAGAGCAGAAGUGGUCCCAGCACCAAGUCUGGAUCGCAAUAAGAAUCCGGCGCAUACGCCCCCUGCCCAUGCGCCGCCUGCCCCUCCUAAUGGUGCCCCAGCCACUGACACAGGGUAUGUCAGAAGAUCGACAGGCCAACAGCAAAGGAAAAAGAAGAUGACGGAUGAAGAGAUAUUAGAGAAAUUAAGAACAAUUGUUAGUGUUGGUGAUCCUAAUAGAAAAUAUACCAAAAUGGAGAAGAUUGGACAGGGAGCAUCUGGGACUGUGUACACGGCAAUCGAGACGUCAACGGGGAUGGAGGUCGCCAUCAAACAGAUGAACCUCAGCCAGCAACCCAAAAAAGAAUUGAUUAUCAACGAAAUUCUUGUCAUGCGGGAGAAUAAGCAUAAUAAUGUGGUCAACUAUUUGGACAGUUAUCUUGUGAAUGAGGAACUAUGGGUGGUUAUGGAGUACCUAGCGGGUGGUUCUUUGACUGAUGUAGUAACUGAAACGUGUAUGGACGAGGGGCAAAUAGCGGCGGUAUGUCGCGAGGUACUUCAAGCAUUGCACUUCUUGCAUACAAACCAUGUUAUCCAUCGGGAUAUCAAGUCUGAUAAUAUACUCCUGGGUCUGGAUGGACAAGUUAAACUCACGGACUUUGGUUUCUGCGCCCAAAUAUCUCCGGAACAAAACAAAAGAACGACGAUGGUCGGAACGCCAUAUUGGAUGGCUCCCGAAGUUGUUACGAGGAAACAGUAUGGUCCAAAGGUGGACGUGUGGUCACUAGGUAUAAUGGCGAUCGAAAUGAUCGAAGGCGAGCCCCCAUACCUCAAUGAGAACCCCUUACGUGCGCUGUAUCUGAUUGCCACGAAUGGGAAGCCAGAUAUCAAAGACAAAGACAAACUGAGUGCGGUCUUUCAGGACUUCCUCGAUCAGUGCCUAGAAGUUGACGUUGAGAGACGCGCCACAGCCCUCGAUUUACUUAAGCACCCGUUCCUAAAAAUGGCUCGACCGCUGGCGUCCCUCACGCCGUUAAUAAUGGCGGCGAAGGAAGCGGCUAAGGGGCAUUAGCGACGGCCGGGGGCCCCAUGCCCCAACAGGUGCAUCCCUUAAUAGCUUAGGACUUUGGCUGCGUGUCAUACAAAUUAUAUUUUUACAAACGAUGCAGUCCAGUAGAGGGGAGUGUUCGGCGAUGUGACAGAGAGGGAUAGGUUCGGCUAACGCUGUCUCUUUCACACACUUACGGUCAUGUUUUGUCUUUGUUAUAUGAACCGUUAUAUAAAAAAUAUGAUAUUGCAAUCUGGGCAAUUAGAGCUAUGGAGCCGUUUAAGUAUUACAAAAUAGAAUAAAGGGGUUCUUAGAUUUUCCCUUUUUUACACAUAUUACCCACACAUUGUCUAUGCUUGAAAAUAAAAUGCAUUUUCAAGGAUUCUACAAAAAAUAUGCAUUUAUUUACUGUUAUUUUUGCUUACUUUUGCUGUCAGAGGGGGGGAUAUAUUCCAUUAAAUCUACUUACGUAAUACUUAAACUGCCCCUAUACCUGAAACAUGGAUUUAAAUAUAUAAUAUUAAAACUUAUUACUCUUAUUUUUAAAAGCUAUCGUUAUUCAUAUAAGUAUUAUCUAGUAGAAACUACCAUUGGUAAUCGAUAUGGGAACCGAGCAAAAAUCCCCGUUAAGAUUCGUGUCGCCGUGCGAAAGAGCGAGCGCUAAACGAAUCUAUCUCUCUCUUUCCAACAUCGCCGAGUACUACAGUAGACGUAGACGUUAUUUAUUAGUGACGUGACUCGCUGGCGUGUUUUUCGAUAGUGUAGAUAGUGUAGUGUUAGCUGAUUCGAAUUGUUACGGUUCAUCUACAAACGAAGACUGUCACUUUAUAUAUUAGAUUUAUAAAUAUUAGAAUAGAACUUCGAAAUACGGUUUGUUCCACUGUGAUUAUAGGGGAGGGUAGGAAACACGCCAGCGAGCUAGAGUUAGGAGCUAAAUCGACCCUAUUUCUAUAGCGCUAAAGUACAUAAUUGCGCUUACGUGUAACAGGCAAAUUUUCAUCAACGUGUACGCAAUAUUUUUUAAGUUUUAAUUUGCUAAUGACAUUCUCGAUCUAUGUCAAAAUAUGUUUUUAUUAAUAUAAAAAGUAUUAUGAUUUUUAACUUUGCUUUUGUUGGCUUCGCUAUUUUUGUUCGAUUUUGAAUGCCUUGAAUAAUCUUAUUUAUGUAUUUUUUAUACUGGUUUAUCACGUGGUUUUAUUAACGCGAUAAUAUUUUAGAUUAAUAUAUGAUUUACGAAUAACAAUACAAUCAAAAUCUAUGUUAGAAAUGACAGUUUGAAUUCAGUUAUUAAUAGAAAGUCCUAAUGGCCCUUUAUAGGCUGUCAAUAUGACGACAGAUGCAACAUGUAUAACCUUUUUUAUGUUUUUUAUUUAUGACACAGAUUAAUGAAAAGUCUUUUAAUGACUAUAAUCGUUACUGUCUGUGGUAGUCGACGGCUGACAAAUUUGGGUUAUUUUUGACUUAACUUUGAGCAUGUAGGACUAUUUCCGUACGUUCAAGUACACCUUACGAAGUAUUAGAAUUUUUCCGACAAAUCAAAAGAAAAUAAACACUACGAACUUGUAUUUUGUUCUCUGUGGCCCUGUACUAAUUGCAGUUCAAAGGCAUGGUCUAUCGUAUGAUAGUAUUUAUUUACAUUCCGUUUUAUUGAUAUACACUUUUUAUUCUUUAUUGUCAUAUGUCGUAUUGACAUAUGAAACGACAGAGGCCGUACCAUGCCUAAUAAUAAUAAUAAUAAUUUAUUCAUUGCAAGAAUAACAUAAUUGGUACAAAAUAGUAUCUCAAAACCCAAUUUGACGUAUAGUUGACAGAUUAAGGGCUUGGUUUUUAAUCUGUUUGCAUUGUUUGAAUUAUGUUACGCAGUAUUGUUAUUCGUAGAUAUUUUUUACAUUAAUUGAAUUCCUAUCAGUAUAUCUUCGUGUAAGCUUAUAAGAUUUUGAUUUUGUCAUUAAUUAUUGUUAGUCAUGAAUAAAAGCAUUUACAUAGUAUUAAGUUUAUAUAGUCUAUUAUAAAUUAAACAAAAUUAAGGAAACAUCAUUUGGUUAAUUUUUGUGGCACAAAAGUUAAUGAUAAGUGAAUGAUAAUAAAUCCGAUAGAAGAGCUAGAUUUUUUGUUAGAAGAAUAAGACUAUUGUGCUAUUAUCAUUUGGUUUUCUCUUCUUUUUGAAUUAAUUAUAACAUACUGAGCUGUUAAUUUAUCAGCGGCCUAUUUAAAGUUUGUUCUUGAUAAUAUAAUGCAGUGAACUUAAAUAUUUCCUAAAAUAAUCAUUAACUAACUAACGACUCCUCCGACCCUGAUUAACCCCCAAAAUUAGAGGGCAGACACGCUUCUGUAUUAUUGUAUAUUUUUUUGGCAUGGACUGGCAACAUACAACCGUAUUACAAGAGUUGUUUGGCCUAUUAGUCUAUAUACCAGGCUAUAAACUCCAAAAAAAAACAAGAGUUGUUUUGGCGGGAAAUUUCCUGGUUUAUCAUGCAGUAACCAUAGAGAUGGUUGGUUUAUUAUCUGUUUACGUUGUUUAUAUAUUAAGAACUGUCAAGUGAACAUUAUAUCUAGAAAAACUUUUCUUUGUUCCUUACCAAUGAAACUAAAAUAUUUUUACACGUAUUAAAUGUUUUAAGCCUUCUAGCUCUGUGUAUAUUUGGUAAUAUUUGAAACUAUUUGAAAUUAAAUCAUCCGUUACGACAAUAGUAGAUAAUAAUAAAAAUAUUUUUUUCUUAGGAUUUGUCUCUCUGCUUUUAUUUAGGUUGUGCCGAUAGAAGCUUUUUUUCGCUUAUAAUUAAGGGUGAGAUUACUAUAAACGUAGGUGAACUGAAGACUGUUUAUGCAAUUUUAAAAUUUUAAUUCACAAGAGGCCGCGUAGUCCGACUACUAUGUACUAUUUUUAUAGGUACAAUCAUUUUUCAAACCGUUUUUCAGCCAUUUUAGCCUUUCUAAAACUCUUGCUAUGUAACAUAUAUAAUUUUUAAUAUUAAACAAUUUCAUUGUUCACUAAAGUUGCUUAAAUUAUUUGUUUUAAUACGCAAUCACUAGGAAAUUUAAUUAACGAUAACUGAAAUUAAAAAAAUAUUGGCUUGGGCCACAAUUGGACAUAUUUGGGCGUUGGAAAUAAUACGUCAAUAUAAUUAAACUCGCUGAGAAAGAAUUAAUGAUGGCUAAAAUAAAUAUUUCUGGCCAGUUGAAAAAAUACACUUUUUUUUUUAAUCCUGGGUUUUUUAACUGCCUAAAACUUCCGACUAUGCGACCUUCGGCUAUGUUUUAUCAUUUAUCGAUAUAUACCCAAAGAAGUUUAGAAUUUCCGUUGCCUAUUCGCUCUUUACACCGCGGCCUAGACUUUAUUUUGCGUCUGUAACAGCUUGCAUUCCAUGUGUCAUCGGUGGGAUCGCUGAGGUUAUUGGCCUAUUGUACAGAUGAGCCAAUCUUUGAGAGCUUGAAGAAAGUACUCCAUUUAUUUUAUAAAUUAGUCUUAUAGGAGUGUAAUUGUGAUCUUGAAGAUGAAUUUAAGAUAAGAAUUAACUGUAAUUAUAUGUAAACUAAUUCAAAAAUGUAUAAUGUAAUAUUAUGUAUGAAACAUG